AUGAGGAGAGGUUCCACGGUUCAUCACGUUACAUCCAAAAAAUCACCGAAAUAUUUGUCACAGUUUCUGGCUGCUUUUGCAGUAUCAUUGGGUCCAUUUGCUGCUGGUUUAGGUAAAGGAUAUAGUUCACCAGCAAUUGCAUCUUUACAAGAUCAUCAGGGGACAUGGAGAAAUUCUACAGUUCUAACAGUAACACCACAGCAAGCAUCUUGGGUUGCAAGUUUAAGUCUACUUGGAGCACUUUUUGGUGCUUUAUUAGGAGGAUUCGCAAUGCGCUUUGGGCGUCGACGUAUUCUAAUUGUUACAUCAGUGCCAUUUUCUAUGUCAUGGAUUGCAACAGUAUUCGCUAAUUGUGUUGAAAUGAUGUUUAUCACAGCAUUUUUAGGUGGAUUUUGCUGUUCGAUAAUAUUAACAGUUACGCAAGUUUAUAUCAGCGAAAUAGCUGUGCGAGAUAUACGUGGCAUUUUAAGUGCAUUACAAAAAAUUGUAGGGCAUAUGGGAAUGUUACUAUCGUUUAGUGUUGGAGCAUGGCUCGAUUGGAGGCAACUGGCUGCAAUUGUGUGCCUAGCCCCAUUAUUACUUUGUUUUGGUGCUUUAUAUGUACCAGAAAGUCCAAGUUAUCUGGCACUAUGCGGUAGAGAUGCUGAAGCUGCCCGUAGUUUGCAAUGGUUACGUGGACCAACAGCUGAUAUUCGUCUUGAGCUCGCAACAAUACGAACAAAUGUGUUAGCUAGUCGUCAGAACCACAUUCUACGACCUCCAGCUCCACGUGACAUAAUGAAUCGACUUUGGAAGCCAGCAUUAACAACAUGUGGUCUUAUGUUCUUUCAACGAUUCUCGGGAGCGAAUGCAUUCAAUUUUUAUGCAGUCUCCAUUUUUCGACAAACAUUUGGUGGAAUGAAUCCUCAUGGUGCUGCCGUAGCAGUUUGCUUCGUUCAACUAUUAGCCUCAUUAUUAUCAGGAUUAUUAAUCGAUACAGUCGGACGAAUACCUUUACUUAUUGCGAGCAGUGUUUUUAUGUCACUUGCAUUAGCUGGAUUUGGAUCAUGCGCAUAUUACGUAUCACAUCAACGAUUAAAAUUUACCUCAAAUAAUUUGGGAACUUUAGCUCUAACACCAGCGAUGGGUGGUGAACACGAUUGGAUCCCGUUAUUAUGUGUUUUAAUAUUCACUAUAGCUUUCUCGUUAGGUAUUAGUCCAAUAUCAUCGUUGCUUUCUAGUGAACUAUUCCCACUUGAAUAUCGAGCGUUAGGAAGCUCAAUGGCAAUGUCAUUUAGUUAUGCAUGUGCUUUUAUUGGUGUGAAAACAUUUGUAGAUUUUCAAGAAUGGCUCGGUUUACAUGGUGCAUUUUGGUUAUAUGCUGCCAUAUCAAUGGCCGGUUUAAGUUUUGUCAUUUGUUUUGUACCAGAAACAAAAGGUAAAGAUAUGGAUGAAAUGAAUCCAAAAUAUGUACAAUCAUUAGCUAUUGUGUCACCACCAAAUCGAUGA